UCUCAGCUGCCAAACACGUGACCGGUCGCUUGGGCUUGGCCAAAGCUCUCUGCUUGCUGUCGCGUUUCCCUGGCGCCUGAUUGAAAGUAUCUCCAACCUACGCAGUGCCUCAAAGCCCAUCAAUUGCGUCGUCGAGGUUCCACCAACUUCAUCGUCGAUCCUCGUAUCCCAUCUGAAAACGAGUAGAGAAGGCAUACACACCUUGCCUAUCCGCUUAUUUUGAACGGCUCGAGGCCUUUUUCCCAGGUCUGAAGCUGAGUAGUCAAGAUGGGCCAAAAUCAGUCUGGAAUGGGCGGUGGCCAGGAUGGCAAAGAUGAGAAGGAUAAGAAGAAGGAAAAACCCAAAUACGAGCCUCCUCCCCGACCGACGACCCGCGUCGGGCGAAAGAAGAGGAAGGCCGGCGGCAUGGGCGCCGCGGCCAAACUACCGCCCGUCUACCCGACGAGUCGAUGCAAGCUGCGCCUCCUUCGGAUGCAGCGCAUCCACGAUCACCUGCUGCUCGAAGAGGAGUAUGUUGAGAACCAGGAGCGGCUGCGCAAGGCCAAGGCCGCCAAAGACAGCAACGCACCGAGCUCCGAGCUCGACGCCGCCGACCGACUUGCCGAUGAGCGUGGCCGUGUCGACGACAUGAGAGGCAGCCCCAUGGGGGUCGGUACUCUCGAGGAGAUGAUUGACGAUGACCACGCCAUCGUGUCCAGCACCACGGGGCCUGAAUACUACGUCAGCAUCAUGAGCUUCGUCGACAAAGAUCUCCUCGAGCCCGGCGCCAGCGUUCUUCUGCACCACAAGAGCGUCAGCAUUGUUGGUGUCUUGACGGAUGAUACGGACCCGCUGGUGAGCGUCAUGAAGCUCGACAAGGCGCCGACCGAGUCGUACGCGGAUAUUGGUGGCUUGGAGCAGCAGAUUCAGGAGGUCAGAGAGUCGGUUGAGCUGCCUCUCUUGCAUCCCGAGCUCUACGAGGAGAUGGGCAUCAAGCCGCCCAAGGGCGUCAUCCUCUACGGCGCUCCGGGGACAGGAAAGACCCUGCUGGCAAAGGCUGUCGCGAACCAGACAUCCGCCACCUUCUUGCGUAUUGUGGGGAGCGAGCUGAUUCAGAAAUAUCUCGGAGACGGGCCUCGCUUGGUUCGACAACUCUUCCAGGUCGCUGCGGAGAAUUCACCCUCCAUCGUAUUCAUCGACGAGAUCGAUGCCAUUGGCACGAAGCGUUACGAGUCUACAUCCGGGGGUGAGCGUGAAGUCCAGCGGACCAUGUUGGAGCUGCUCAACCAGCUCGAUGGGUUCGACGACCGCGGAGACGUCAAGGUCAUCAUGGCGACCAACAAGAUCGAGACGCUCGACCCGGCCCUGAUCCGCCCCGGGCGUAUCGACCGAAAGAUCCUCUUCGAGAACCCCGACCAGAACACCAAGCGCAAGAUCUUCACCCUGCACACGAGCAAGAUGUCUCUCAACGAGGACGUCGACCUCGAGGAGUUCAUCGCCCAGAAGGACGACCUCUCGGGCGCCGACAUCAAGGCCAUCUGCUCCGAGGCUGGCCUCAUGGCCCUCCGUGAGCGGCGGAUGCGCGUGCAGAUGGCCGACUUCCGUGCGGCCCGCGAGAGGGUUCUGCGCACCAAGCAGGAGGGUGAGCCAGAGGGCCUGUACUUGUAGAUGGGGGCUUUUGUAUGUACGAUCACUGUAAAAGCGGUCAUCGGGAGGGGUUCACAUGCGAUACAGUUAGCGUCAUUAAUAGAUGAUUCGGGGCGUUGUGCCUCCUCGUUGACCUGAAGAUUUCUUGCACUUGACCAUCGUCACCCAAGCAUUUACCGAUGAUCCCCUGUCAAAACCCCCUGUUGCGACCGUUAUAGACACGACCCUGUUCCUGGCCGCCCACCUG